AUGGGUUCGCCAGGUCAGCCAGGUCGCAAGGGAGAGAAGGGCCUCGCAGGUCUCGACGGUCUUAACGGCAUGAAGGGAGAGAAAGGGAACACAGGUCUUCCGGGUCCCAUUGGCCCCACAGGUCCUCGCGGGCUGCCAGGUCUCGAUGGGGUCAAAGGUUCCCCCGGUCUGCGCGGCCCCCCUGGCGCCCCCGGGGUGGGCCCGCCAGGCAUCCCCGGCGCGGCGGCAGACAAGGGCGAGCGCGGCGCCCCGGGCCCUAAGGGCAGCCCGGGCCUGAACGGGCGCCCCGGCCCUCAGGGGCCCUCAGGGCUGCCAGGGCCCAAGGGCAGGGACGGGUACGGCUCGCCAGGGCCCGUGGGGGAGAGGGGCGCGCCUGGGCCCCCAGGGCUGCCCGGCCUCAGCGGAAGACCCGGACCUAAGGGCAGCGAUGGCGUCGUCGGAUUUCCAGGGCUUGUAAGGGGCUCCCCGGGGGCUGCCAGGGGCCCCCACCCGCGCCCGAUUCCAGGUCCUCCGGGUCUGCCGGGUCCCUCAGGGCUCAAGGGCGAUCGGGGCUUCGACGGAAGGGACGGACCGAAGGGAAAUCAGGGUCUGCCAGGUCGCCCUGGUAUCGACGGCCUGCCAGGUCCCAUUGGCGAUAAAGGCAGUUCAGGUCCGGCAGGUUUCCCAGGUCCUGCGGGUCUUAAGGGCAGCAAGGGGGGAAACCCGGAUUCCAGGGGGUUUAAAGGGGGCGACCAGGGCUUCCCGGGCGCGCCAGGGCAGCCGGGCAUCGACGGGCUGAAGGGCGGCCAGGGCCUGCCGGGGCCGCGGGGCCCCGUGGGCGUUUCCGGCCCUGACCCGAAAAAGGGGGGGAGAAGGGCCUGCCGGGGGGGCCCCGGGGGCAAGGCCACGGGGGCCGGGGGAAACCGGGGGGGCCCGGGGCCCCGGGGACCCCCCGGGCCCCAUCGGCCCCGUGGCCCCAUCGGCAGCCCGGGCAUGGACGGCAUGCCCGGCGAGAAGGGGCAGCGAGGCUUCGACGGGCUGCCCGGACCCGAGGGACCGAGAGGCAUGAAGGGGGACCGCGGAUUCGACGGGGCGCCUGGCCUGCCGGGCGCACGAGGCUUCGACGGCGGCAAGGGCGAGCCAGGAAGGGCCUGCGCGGCGCAAGAGCAGUACUUCUCCGGCACCCUCAUCGUCAGGCACUCGCAGACGACGGUGGUGCCGAGGUGCGAGGCCGGACACUUCCGCCUGUGGGAAGGGUUUUCGCUGCUGUACGUCGAGGGGAACGAGAAGGCGCAUCACCAGGAUUUGGGUCUCGCCGGCUCCUGCGUCCGUCGCUUCAGCACGAUGCCGUUCAUGUUCUGCGACUUCAACAACGUGUGCAAUUACGCCAGCCGGAACGACAAGUCCUAUUGGCUGUCCACUAAUGACCCCAUUCCCAUGAUGCCGGUGGCCGACUCGGCGAUCAGGCCCUAUAUCUCGAGGUGCGUCGUGUGCGAGGCCCCUGCCAACGUGAUCGCGGUGCACAGCCAGGCCCUGAGCAUCCCUGAUUGCCCCAACGGCUGGUCGGGUCUGUGGAUCGGAUACUCCUUCGUCAUGCACACAGCCGCAGGCGCCGAAGGAGGGGGCCAGUCCCUCAGCAGCCCCGGCUCCUGCCUCGAGGAUUUCCGCGCCACGCCCUUCAUCGAGUGCAACGGCGCCCGCGGGACCUGCCACUACUUCGCCAACAAGUUCAGCUUCUGGCUGGCGACCAUCGAGGACGCGACGCAGUUUUCGAGGCCGGUGUCCGAGACCCUGAAGGCGGGGAGCUUGAGAACCAGGGUGUCCCGGUGUCAAGUGUGCAUUAAGAACACUUAGGAGUGGAAUCGAGGUGUCAAGUGUACAUUAAGAACACUUAGGAGUGGAAUCGAGGUGUCAAAGAAUGUGUAUUUUUAGGAUUGGAAUCGAGUUGUCAAGGAAUGUGUAUUAAGAACAAUUAAGGUUGGAAUCGAGUUGUCAAGGAAUGUGUAUUUUUUAGCAACAAUUUUAGGAAAAAUGAGAAGAGAGAGAGAGGGAGAGAAGAGGGAGAAGGAGAAGGAUGGAUAGGAUUGAAGGCGAAGAAGAUAACGGGAGAAGGGAGAGAGAAAGAGAGGAUAGACGGUCGUCAAGAAGAUAGGAAAAAGAGAGAAAGAGAGAAGGAAUGGAUAGGAUAGAAAAUAGUAAAAAGAGAGAGAAAGAGAGAAGAAUGGAUAGGACAGAAAAUAGUAAAAAGAGAGAGAAAGAGAAGAUAGAAGAUAGUAAAAAGAGAGAGAAAGAGAGAAGAAUGGAUAGGAUAGAAGAUAGUAAAAAGAGAGAAAGGAAAGAGAGAAGGAUGGAUAGGAUAAAGAAGGAUUAAGAACAAGGAAAAUUAGCGCUCGAUUUUAGCGAUUUUAUGUAGCGGAUUUUCGCUUCAUAAUUCUAUUUUUUAUUUUAUUUUUUUCGAAGGGAAAUUUAUUUCUCUUUUCUCAAAAAAAAAAAAAA